AUGCGUUCGACUGCUCUGAUCACCACUGUACUUUCGCUCUUGACGGCGACUAGUUUUGCCCUUCCUGCCGAGCAAGUAGAGGGCUUGACGGCUCGUGCCAAGUGCAGCACAAAAGCUGACUGCUCUGGUGGAAAAGUGUGCAUGGUUGUUGGUUGCCAUGGACAGAUUGUAGGAUCUACCUGCGAGACAGCCAGUUACUGCAACAGUUUCCGUGCACCCACGUGCGGUGCGACUUGCAAGUAG